AUGCGCGAAAUUGUUCAUAUUCAAGCGGGUCAAUGUGGAAACCAAAUUGGUUCCAAAUUUUGGGAGGUGAUAUCUGAUGAGCACGGUGUUGAUCCCACCGGUUCUUACCAUGGGGACUCUGAGCUCCAGCUGGAACGCAUCAAUGUCUACUACAGCGAAGCCAGCGGAGGCAAGUACGUCCCGCGCUGCGUUCUGGUGGACCUCGAGCCUGGCACAAUGGACAGCGUUCGUGCCGGACCCUUCGGCCAGCUCUUCCGUCCGGACAACUUCGUCUUCGGGCAGAGCGGAGCUGGAAACAACUGGGCCAAGGGACACUACACGGAAGGCGCAGAGUUGGUGGAGUCAGUGCUGGACGUUAUUCGCAAAGAGUGUGAGUCGUGCGAUUGCCUUCAGGGCUUCCAGAUGUGCCACUCACUGGGAGGUGGGACUGGCUCUGGAAUGGGUACGCUGCUCAUCUCAAAGAUGCGCGAGGAGUUUCCAGAUCGGAUUAUGAACACCUUUUCCGUUAUGCCCUCACCCAAGGUUUCAGAUACCGUUGUGGAGCCCUACAAUGCCACACUCUCAAUUCAUCAGCUGGUUGAAAACACAGACGAAACGUACUGCAUCGACAACGAGGCCCUGUAUGACAUCUGCUUCCGCACGCUCAAGUUGACCAACCCCACUUACGGUGACUUGAAUCACCUUGUGUCGGCUACCAUGUCCGGUGUUACCACGUGCCUGCGUUUUCCUGGCCAACUGAACGCCGACCUUAGAAAACUCGCUGUUAACAUGGUUCCCUUCCCACGCCUGCACUUCUUUAUGCCCGGAUUCGCCCCACUUACUAGCCGCGGGAGUCAGCAGUACAGGAUACUCACGGUGGCCGAACUAACUCAACAGAUGUUUGACGCCAAAAAUAUGAUGGCUGCUUGCGAUCCCCGCCACGGACGCUACCUCACCGUGGCAGCCAUGUUUCGUGGUCGCAUGUCAAUGAAGGAGGUGGACGACCAAAUGUUGAACGCCCAGAACAAAAAUUCAUCAUACUUUGUCGAAUGGAUCCCUAACAACGUGAAAACUGCUGUAUGCGAUAUUCCGCCAAGGGGUCUCAAGAUGUCUGUAACGUUUGUUGGCAACACGACAGCGAUUCAGGAGAUAUUUAAACGCGUUAGCGAGCAGUUCACAGCCAUGUUCCGCAGAAAGGCUUUUCUCCACUGGUACACUGGAGAGGGCAUGGAUGAGAUGGAAUUUACCGAGGCCGAGUCUAACAUGAACGAUCUAGUCAGCGAGUAUCAGCAGUAUCAGGAGGCCGGAGUGGGGGACGAAGAAGAUGAUGAGGACUUGCCUGCGGGCGAGGAAAUCGACGCUUAG